GGUGUUGAGGCACAGUGACAGACUUCUGUCGGAAAAGAUGGCGGGUGGACGAGGCUGUCCAUGGUCCCUAGUCUUGUGGACUCUCCUGGGGCUUAUCCUCAGCACACAAGCCCUCAAUCCAGAUGACCCCAACGUCUGCAGCCACUGGGAAAGCUAUGCGGUGACCGUCCAGGAGUCCUACGCUCACCCUUUUGACCAGAUCUACUACACCAGGUGCACCGACAUCCUCAACUGGUUCAAAUGCACCAGGCACAGGAUCAGCUACAAGACGGCGUACCGGCGGGGCGUGAGGACCAUGUACAGACGCCGCUCGCAGUGUUGCCCGGGUUACUUUGAGAGCGGAGACCUGUGUGUCCCUUUGUGUACAGAGGAGUGCGCUCAUGGGCGCUGUGUUUCACCUGAUACCUGCCAGUGUGAACCAGGGUGGGGAGGACUGGACUGCUCCAGCGGCUGCGAGAGCGACCACUGGGGGCCGCACUGCAGUAACCGCUGCCAGUGCCAGAACGGGGCGCGCUGCAACCCCAUCACGGGCGCCUGCGUCUGCACCGACGGCUACCAGGGCUGGCGCUGCGAGGAGCCCUGCGAGCCGGGCUACUACGGCAAGGUCUGCCAGCUGCCCUGCCAGUGCCUGAACGGGGCCACCUGCCACCACGAGACCGGGGAGUGCCUGUGUGCGCCGGGCUACACCGGAGCCUUCUGUGGAGAGCGCUGUCCCUCGGGCAGCCACGGCACCCAGUGCGAGCUGCGCUGCCCCUGCCAAAACAGCGGGGUGUGUCACCACGUCACCGGGGAGUGCUCCUGCCCCGCGGGGUGGACGGGCUCCGUCUGCGCCCAGCCGUGCCCGUUCGGCAAGUACGGCAUCAACUGCAGCCAGGAGUGCCCCUGCCGGAACAACGGGCUCUGUGACCACAUCAGCGGCCAGUGCCAGUGUGCGCCGGGCUACAGCGGAGAGAGGUGUCAAGAGGAGUGCCCGGUUGGCACCUACGGCGCUCAAUGUGCUCAGACUUGCGACUGCCAAAAUGGCGCCAAGUGCUACCACAUCAACGGGGCGUGCUUGUGUGACGAGGGCUUCAAGGGGGACAACUGCCAGGAGAGAUUCUGCCCCCAGGGCCUCUACGGCCUCAUCUGUGACAAGUACUGCCCCUGCAACGCUAGCAACACCCUCAGCUGCCACCCUCUGUCCGGGGAGUGCGCGUGUAUGGCGGGCUGGGCGGGCCUGUACUGCAACGAGACGUGCCCGUCUGGUUACCACGGCGAGGGCUGCAGCCAGCCGUGCGACUGCGCCAACGGGGCCGACUGCGACGGCAUCAGUGGAGCCUGCGUCUGCGCGCCCGGGUUCAUGGGAGAUGACUGUACUGUAACUUGUCCCCCUGGACUGCACGGGGUUAACUGCUCAUCCCACUGCUCCUGUCGAAACGAGGCGUCUUGCUCCCCCGUCGAUGGCUCCUGUGUCUGUCGAGAAGGCUGGCAGGGGGUGGACUGCUCCAUCCCCUGCUCCAGUGGCACCUGGGGCCUGGGGUGUAACCAGUCCUGCCUGUGUGCCAACGGGGCGGCCUGUGACCCCGUGGACAGCUCCUGCACCUGCUCCCCAGGCUGGAGAGAGGAGCACUGCGACACGCCCUGUCCCGAUGGCACAUACGGGCCGGAGUGUGGGGGGCGCUGUGACUGCAGCCAUGCUGAUGGCUGUGACCCUGUGAGUGGUGACUGCAGGUGCCUGGCUGGCUGGACAGGGGUCCACUGUGACAACGUCUGCACCCAGGGCCGCUGGGGCCCCAACUGCUCCAUCACCUGCUCCUGUGAGAACGGGGGCUCCUGUUCGCCUGAGGACGGCACCUGUGUGUGUGCCCCAGGGUACCGCGGAACGUCCUGCAAGCGCAACUGCCUUCCUGGGUUCUACGGGCAGCGCUGCAGUCAGUCCUGCCCUCAGUGUGUGCACAGCUCCGGGCCCUGCCACCACAUCACCGGACACUGCGACUGUCUGCCCGGAUUCUUCGGCUCCCUGUGUAACCAAGUGUGCUCCAGUGGCCGGUAUGGGAAAGGCUGUGCGGAAGUCUGUCUCUGCACCAACAAUGGCACCUGCAACCCCAUCGACGGCUCCUGCCAGUGCUUCUCCGGCUGGAUCGGAGACGACUGCUCUCAGGCCUGCCCUCCUGGACACUGGGGCCCUGACUGCAUCCACAUGUGUAACUGCCACAACGGAGCCCAGUGCAGCGCCUACGACGGAGAGUGCAAAUGCAGUCCGGGCUGGACCGGCCUCUACUGCACUCAGCGCUGCCCCUCGGGGUUUUUCGGGAGGGAGUGCGCGGAGGUGUGCCGCUGCCAGAACGGGGCGGACUGCGACCACAUAGGAGGGCAGUGCACCUGCCGCACCGGCUUCAUGGGGACCAGCUGUGAGCUGAAGUGUCCUCCCGGGACCUUUGGCUAUGGCUGCCAGCUGUUGUGCGAGUGUCUGAACAAUGCCACCUGUGACUAUGUGACAGGAACCUGUUACUGCAGCCCCGGCUAUAAAGGCAUCCGCUGCGAUCAGGCGGCCCAGAUGAUGGAGGAGCUGAACCCGUACACUAAGAUCAGCCCGGCGAGGGCGUCGGAGCGCCAGUCAGUGGGCGCGGUGAUGGGCAUCAUCUUCCUGCUGCUGAUUAUCAUGUCCAUGCUGAGCCUGUUCGUGUGGUAUCGGCUCCGGCAGAGGGAGAAAGGUCACGACAUGCCCAGCGUCUCCUACACCCCUGCCCUGCACAUCGCCAACGCCGACUACUCCCUCUCCGACACCUCUCAGAGCAUUGGCAAUGGCCAAUGCUUUUCAAACCCCAGCUACCAUGUGCUAGCCCACCACCCGCCUCGCUCCACACCUCAACAACCUGGACCGGAAAACUGCCACCAAGGCACGAGUAAGAGCCAGCGGGGAGGCAGGACCGGCGUGGACUGGAGGGGCUACGGUAACCUCGGCGACCUCGGUCAGUGUCCGCCGCCCGCCUCCUCAGAGUACACACCUGUGCACCCGUUUCCCUGGGAACCGGCCUCGCCGCCCCACGGCCUGAACACUAAUUAA